AUGCGGACUUCUCGUACUUCCAGGGACACCGCGAAGGUGCUGCAGGCCCUCUCGCCCCCUAUCCGACGACGAACGCGCAACUCCCAUGCGAGCGCGUUGAAAAGUUUCGCCUACAACUCAAAUGCGAAUGCGACUCCGAUUGUCAAGACAGAGCCAGAAAAUGUAUCGGUAAAAGCCAGUUUGUCUGCCGUCAGAAGCGACGAUGAAUCCUCUCUCUCCGAAGCCGACACGGCGGAUAUCGAAGACCUCCUUGAACCGCCACCGAAGCGCCGAAAACGCAGCGCAAGCCUUGUAAACACACGAGUCCUCAAGCAGAGUGCAAGCCCUCGGACACCACGAAAAGUCAUAAUUAAGGAGGAUCCCGACGAGAAAUCCACCCCGGCACCCAAACAGCGACGGCUUCCUGCCCGCAAAACCCGCGAUAUCGACGGCUCAGUCAAGGUCGAGCCCCCAUCAAACUGGGAGGAGAUGUACGAAAUCGUGAAAAAGAUGAGGGCAGCGAACCCGACUGCACCGGUAGACACAAUGGGCUGCUCGGAACUAUACUGGCGUGCGUCAUCGCCAGUUGACCGUCGCUUCCAAACACUUAUCGCAUUGAUGCUCUCAUCCCAGACGAAAGACACAGUCACGGCAGUAGCGAUGCAACGCCUUCACACGGAGCUGGGGUCCAGCACCGCAACUCAAGACAUGAGGAUCAAACAAGAAGACGCCCAAGAUAUGAAAAUCAAGCAUGAAGACGACGAUUCCAAACCCAUCGACAGCACCCUCAACUUAACCAACAUUCUAGCCGUGGACCCAACACGACUAAACGAACUAAUCCGUACAGUCGGCUUUCACAACAACAAAACAAAAUACAUCAAAGCAACCGCGCUGAUCCUGCGAGACCAGUAUGACGGCGAUAUCCCCUCCACCCCAGAGGAACUUAUGGCACUUCCGGGUGUCGGGCCUAAAAUGGCCUACCUGUGUCUGAGUGCCGCAUGGGGUAAACACCUUGGGAUCGGUGUCGAUGUGCAUGUCCAUCGUAUUACCAAUCUCUGGGGUUGGAAUAAGACCAAGACGCCCGAAGAAACGAGGAAGGCGCUGCAAUCGUGGUUGCCGCGUGAGAAAUGGCAUGAGAUUAACAAGUUGCUUGUUGGGCUUGGGCAGACGGUUUGCUCACCCGUCAAACGUCGCUGUGGGGAUUGUGAUCUGGCUGGCACGCGGCUUUGUAAAAGUGAGAUUCGGGGGCUUGAGCCUACGGUCGUGAAGGUUAAGAGAAGUCCUGAUAUUGAUGAGCCCAAGGUCAAGAUUGAGGCUGUUUGA